AUGUCUUCUUUUCUGAAGGCCCUGCGAGGUAAUCUUCGACAAGUGUGGCCCUCUAGGCGAGAGAUCUCUAGUAUUCCGCAAUUAAUUCCGGCGGGGAUAAUAAUUGAGGAGGAAACGCUACAACAUUACCAACCGGCUCAUUAUUACCCUGUCAAGAUCGGGGAUGUGUACCAAUCCAGAUACAAGGUUGCAGGCAAACUUGGAUACGGGGCGUACUCGACGAGUUGGCUAUGCCGCGAUCUUCAGGUCGACAAGUACGCGGUACUGAAGGUGUCGACGUCCCUACCUGAUUUUCCAACUGCAACAGAUCGCGAGCUCAAGGUCUAUGAACAUCUGUCAAAAGUCGAAUCCACGCAUCCGGGGCAGGCCCUGGUUCGCGAACUGUACGACUCCUUUGACCUCCACGGCCCAGGCGGCAAGCACCAGUGUCUUGUGUUACAGCCAAUGCAUAUGACGCUUCUUGAAAUGCUGGCGAUGAAUCCCAAACCCUUUGAUAUGCCGUUGCUCAAGAUGACGGUCAGGAGGCUUCUCUUGGCACUUGACUUCCUACACAGUGAGGCUGGGGUCAUCCAUACAGUCGAGGACCCCAGCCCUCGAAAACUGAUCGAUCAGUCACGGAUUGUUUACAAGAGCCGAAAGUUUCGCCGGCCUGCCAAAGGUAAGGGAUACGGUUUCCCCAUUCUAUGCGACUUUGGCGAGGCAAGGAUAGGCAGAAACCAGGAAUCAGGCCCGUUUGUCCAGCCUCACAUUUACCGCGCGCCGGAGGUCAUAUUCGAGAUGCGUUGGGGAAGCCCCGUCGAUAUCUGGAACCUAGCAGGACUCAUCUGGGAUCUGUUCGAGGGAGAGCAUUUAUUUGGCGAUAUCUUCAAUUCUAGAGGACGACAUGAAGCGUUCAGGCACUUGGCCCUGAUGGUGGCUUUGAUUGGCCCUCCGCCGAGCGACUUUGUGCGGCGCAGCGAGACGACAGAGCAGUGUUUCGACCCAAGCGGCGCCUGGAUCGCUCACCAUGAGGAGCCGAUACCCAACGUUUCACUCGAAAAGUUGGAGAAGCGACUGAGUGGCGAGGAGCAGGAGUUAUUUUUGGCGUUUCUAAAGUCUAUGCUCAAGUGGAUGCCGGAGGAGCGCCAAACCGCGAAACAACUUCUGGAGCAUCCUUUUUUGUUGUAA